AUGGGUGGCAAUGUUUGUGAUGAGUAUGGACCUGGCAUGUGCCAUAUGGUACUCUCAAGGUAUCUUGCUCCACACUUGAGAUGGGUGGGACAGGUUGGGGGCAAGAAAAUCUUGCUGGUCAGAUAUCCUACCUGGCAGGCCUUCAUUGAUCAUUUCCUUGCCAAAGCAACAAAGCACAAGGGUUCAGUGAUAAUUUUCACUGAAGAUGCCAAAGAAAAAGCAAAAAAGUACGCUCAGCUGAUUGCUUCAUCCAGCUGCCCCACUACAGCCAAAGUGCAGGUGGGUGGUCUUACUCAAGAGCUAGAAGAUGCAUGUAAACAAAUUCGCCUCCACAAGUUGGUGGCCCAAAUGUUCUGUGAACAUACUCAAACAGCUAACACUGGAGAUGGCACCAUCUUAGUCUGCCCUUGGGAUGCAAAUUUUCUGUACCGAUUAACUUACAGUGGGGGGUGGGUCUGGGCAAAAGGUGUGAAAUCCUGCAUGGCUACACAUGAGACCCCUCCCAGAACAUAUGGAUUUCUGGAGAUAAUGAAGAAGGCCCGUGUAUUCCAUAAGGCCACCAAAGUCAACAAUUGA